UUCAGUUGAACACAUUAGUGUUCUGCUUGUCUCAAACGCUUCUAGCUCACACACAGUGAGGAAGAUGGAUUUCAGAAGCUUGAAGUUUCUUUUUUGUGUGAUUUGUCUGGUGCGCUGCAGCCCGGAGCAGAGCUCCACCAUGAAAAAGAAUGGCAAAAAAGAAUCAAACAGUGCUGCUAUUGAGGAGCUGAGGAAACAAAUUGAGCAGAUUGUGCAGGAUCUGAAUCUGAUCAAAGAACAACAAGCUUUACAAACAGUUUGCUUAAAAGGCAUCAAGAUCCCAGGCAAGUGUUUUCUCGUAGACACGACAAAGAAAAGCUUUCACGCCGCAAACGAUGACUGCAUUGCUAAAGGAGGAACACUCAGCAGCCCUCUUUCUGGCGAUGAGAACGACCAGCUGUACGAUUAUGUUCGGCAGACCGUCGGGCCAGAAGGGCACAUCUGGUUGGGUGUGAAUGACAUACUAAAGGAGGGCGAGUGGACCGACCAGACAGGCUCACUGAUACGCUUUAAGAACUGGGAAUCAGAGAUCACCCAUCAGCCCGAUGGAGGCCGCAGCCAAAACUGUGCCAUCUUGUCCAGUACGGCCAACGGGAAGUGGUUUGAUGAGGACUGCCGUGGCGAAAAAGCAUCUGUCUGCCAAUUUAACAUCGUCUAAGCCACUUGUAGAGCAACACCCUACAGAAUGAUGAAUUAGACAGACAUUUACAGUAGAAUGUGUAGCAAAAAGUUUAGUUAAAGGUACGAAAUGUAUGAUUUUUGCAUUAAAAUAUCUAAAAAAAAAAAAAAAAAAAACCACUAGAACUAUGUUGCUGGGAGGUUUUUGAUUAGCUGGUUUAGGUGUGUCUAAUUGGGGUUGGAUCUAAGCUCUGCAGGACACCGGCCCUCCUGGACCGAGUUUGGGCACCUCUUAUAGAAUUUAUUAACUUGUGUACUUAGAUGCAACAUCCGCCAUCUUGGAAAGGUCAAUAUGUUGUCACACAGUAAAAAUCAAUUUUCUGAGAUGCCACAACCCUGCACAGCCUUUGGUUGUAAAAACUGCCCAAAUUUAAUUUCUUGAAGAAAUGGAAUAAACUUUUACAGGUGA